AUGUCUUAUAGUCCUGGAGCUCUCGCCGGUGUCAUCAUCUUGAUCCUGGUAUAUUUCACCUUCUCUGGUCGCAGAACAGCGCAUCGACCCCCGCCAGGCCCCAAGCCGAUUCCAAUUCUAGGCAAUGUACACCAACUUCCUUCUGAGUAUCAAUGGAGAGAGUUCGCUCAAUGGGCCGUGAAAUACGGAGAUGUUUUCUACUUCCAAAUCUUCCGCAAGCCAGCGUUGGUCAUCAACUCUGUGGGAGCAGCUCAUGAUCUAUUGGAGAGGCGAAGUUCGAAGUACUCUGAUCGACCCCGGACGGUUGUACUCACUGAAUUGCAAGUGGGAGCUGUAUAUUCGACCUUGCCUUACGGAAACCAGUGGCGCCAACAUCGUAAAUGGUUCCAGACGGCUUUUCAAACAAAGUCUUCUCAACAAAAUCACAAACCUCUUGUACGGCGGGGCACGAGAUGGCUAUUAUCUCUGCUACUGGAGAAUCCGGCUGAGUUUGAGUGGCACAUUAAGAGGUUCUCGGGUGCCACAAUGCUGGAGAUUGCUUACGGACAUCCUGCAACGUCUCCCGAUGACGAACUGAUGAGAUUCGCAGAUGACACGCUCAGAAAAAUAUUUGUGCUGAGUGGGUCAGGCUCAUCUAUAAUCGAUUUCAUCUCCGUCUUGCGAUUUGUGCCGGACUGGAUGCCUGGUGCACGAGUUCAGAGGAAAUCUCGUGAACUUUCACAUUUGGUAAGAGCGCUGUACGAUAUUCCGUAUGAGAGAGUCAAAAGCGCGAUGGCAGGUGGGACGGCAAGGCAAUCGUUCCUCACUUCUCUACUUGAACAGGGCUCUGUAAAUGGCGGUCUCACUGAGAAAGAAUACGAUAUCAAGGGUGCUGCCGCGCAGGUUUAUAUAGCUGGCACUGAAACGACCGUUACUGUCCUUCUCACUUUUAUGUUGGCGAUGGUUCUGCACCCUGAAGUCUUCAAGAAAGCCCAAGCAGAGAUCGACAGGGUCGUGGGACAUUCGCGCCUCCCCGAUCCCAACGACAGGUCUUCUUUGCCUUAUUUAGAACAUGUACUCAAAGAGGUUUAUCGUUGGGGAUGCCCGGUCCCAUUAGCAAUAGCCCAUCAAUCCAUUGCUGACGAUGAAUAUCGUGGAUAUCAUAUCCCCACAGGUUCUGUGAUUAUCCCGAAUAUCUGGGCGAUGAUGCGUAAUCCAACAGUAUACCCAGAACCAGAGCGUUUCUUGCCGGAGCGUUUCGAGAACCUCGAUGCCGACACCAUAGCUGCAAUCGAUCCUCUCAAAGCCGUAUUCGGUUUUGGCCGACGAAUCUGUCCUGGUAGAACCUUCGGCGACUCGACAGUCUGGUUGACCGCUGCAAGCAUACUGUCUGCUUUCGAUGUUCGCAAGGCUCGAGAUGCAGCGGGUGAAGAGAUCACACCUGAGCCGAAAUUUUCUGAUGGUCUUGUCCGCCACCCUCCUUCGUUCAAGUGUGAUAUUAAACCUCGGUCAUCGAGAGAAGCAGAACUUAUUAGGCUUUUGAACAUGGAUGGCCUAGGUGGUGUAUGA